AUGUCCACACCUGAUGACACACCAAAACCCGGUCUCGGAUCAUUGUAUACCCGGUGGGGCAGAACAACUUGUCCUCCUUAUUCAAAACUUGUAUAUGAAGGUGUUGUUGGUGGACAACAUUAUACCCAUACUGGUGGCGGAAGUAAUCUCUUGUGUCUACCCAACGAUCCCAUUUGGGCCAAUUAUACGACUGAAGUUGAAGAAGGUGGUUACAUUUAUGGCAGUGAAUAUGAAAUAUCCCACUACUCAAAUAAACUCUUUUCUUUUUAUUUUAUCCAACUAAUAUAUGUCGUUAAAUAA